AACCCCCUCCUGCAACAGGAGGGUCUCCCCAAGUUCGGCGAGAUCGAGGAGAAGCACAUCGAGCCGGGCAUGACGGCGCUGCUCGAGGACCUCGGCGGCCAGCUCGAGUCGCUCGAGGCGUCGCUCGGCCGCGACUCGACGUACGAGGAGGCCGUCGAGGGGCUCGAGCGCGUGAGCUUCCCGCUGGGCUACGCCUGGGGCGUCGUCGGCCACCUCAACGGCGUCAAGAACAGCGACGCGCUCCGCGAGGCCCACGCGGCCAUGCAGCCGAAGAUCGUGGAGAUGACGCAGCGCCUCGGCCAGUCGCGCGCGGUCUACGAGGCCCUCGACGGCCUCGGCGAGCGGUCCGACGACCUUUCGCCGACGCAGAAGCGCGUCGUCGACGCGUCCCUGCGGUCCAUGCGGCUCGGCGGCGUCGCGCUCGAGGGCGAGGCGAAGGACGCGUACAACAAGAACUCGCUCCGCCUCUCGGAGCUGUCGACGACGUUUUCGAAUAACGUGCUCGACGCCACCAAGGCCUUCGAGCUCCUCGUGGAAGCGAAGGAGGACAUCGCGGGGCUGCCCGCGUCCGCGCUCGCGGCCGCGGCGCAAAAGGCCGAGGCCGCGGGCAAGUGCGAGUCCGCCGACGCCGAGAACGGGCCCUGGCUCCUCGGGUUGGACAUCCCGUCGUACCUGCCGGCCAUGCAGCACCUCGAGAGCUCCCCGAUCCGCGAGCGGCUCUACAAGGCCUUCGUGACGCGCGCGGGCGAGGCGAACGCGCCGCUCAUCGACGAGAUCUUGACGUUGAAGCAGGCCCAGGCCAAGCUCUUGGGGUUCGACUCCUACGCCGAGGUGUCCCUGUCGUCGAAGAUGGCCGACUCCAUCGAGGACGUCGAGAAGCUCCACGACAUGCUCGCGGCGAAGGCGACGCCCGCGGCCAAGGCCGAGCUCGCGGAGCUCCAGGCGUACGCCAACGCCAACGGCCACGAGGGCGCCCUGAAGCACUGGGACAUCCCGCGCUGGAGCGAGAAGCUCCGCGAGGAGCGCUACGACUACUCCGAGGAGGAGCUCCGGCCCUACUUUGCGCUGCCCGCCGUGCUCGACGGCUUGUUCGGCGUCAUCGAGCGCUUGUUCGGCGUCACGGUGACGGCGGCCGACGGCGCGGCGGAGGUCUGGAACGAGGACGUGCGCUACUUCGAGAUCCGCGACGGCGGCGAGCUCGUCGCGUCGUUCUACCUCGACCCCUACAGCCGGCCGGAGAACAAGCGCGGCGGCGCGUGGAUGGACGUCUGCGUGGGCAAGAGCCGCGCGCUGGACAAGAAGGUGCCGACGGCCUACCUGACGUGCAACGGGUCGCCGCCCGUCGGCGGCGCGCCGUCGCUGAUGACGUUCAACGAGGUCGAGACGCUCUACCACGAGAUGGGCCACGGCCUCCAGCACAUGCUCACCAGGGUCGAGGACGGCGACGCCCAGCGCGACGCCGCGGGCAUCAACGGCGUCGAGUGGGACGCCGUGGAGCUGCCGUCGCAGUGGAUGGAAAAUUGGCUCCUCGACAAGCCGACGCUCUACUCCUUCGCGAAGCACUACGAGACGGGCGCGCCGCUCCCCGACGAGUUCUACGACAAGCUCAAGGGCGCCAAGACGUUCCAGGCGGGCCUGGGCAUGAGCCGCCAGAUCGCCUUCGGCCAGCUCGACGUCGAGCUCCACGCGCGCUACGACCCGGCGGGAUCCGAGACGCCGUUCGACGCGCAGAAGCGCGUCUUCUCCCAGUACACGGCGCUCCCGCCCCUGCCCGAGGACCGCUUCCUCUGCGCCUUCGGCCACAUCUUCGCCGGCGGCUACUCCUGCGGCUACUACUCCUACAAGUGGGCCGAGGUGCUCUCGGCCGACGCCUUCGCGGCCUUCGAGGAGGUCGGCCUCGACAACGAGGCCGAGGUCAAGGCCCUGGGCGGCAAGUUCCGCGACACGGUCCUCGCCCUCGGCGGCGGCACGCCGCCGGCGGAGGUCUUCCGCGCCUUCCGCGGCCGCGACCCGUCGCCCGACGCGCUCCUCCGCCACAGCGGCCUCGCCGAGUGAGCCGCGCGCUUCGCGAUGGCAUGUGUGCACAGAGCAGAUCCUACUAAAGGCGGCCCCCGUCCCAUUGGUAAUUUGUGCGGUGUU